CCGGUGUCGGCAGCGCUCCGCCCCAGGAUUCGGACCUGAAUUGUUCAUUGGCCGUGAUCCUGGAGUCGGGUAAGAUCUGCUCCGGGUUUUCCCUCCAUCUCUGCAGCUGCGCUGUGCACCCGACUCGACCAGAGGAAGACCUCUGACUUUCACUUUCGGCUCGCUGAAGCCUCCCGGACUCGGUACAGAAUUCUCCAACUCCAGGUAGUCUGUCUUCUUCUCAGCAGCUGUCCUGCCUUGAGACUGGGUUCAAGUUUUGUCCUUUCGCCAUUCCAGUUUGUCCGGAACCAACGCCCUACCUGGAACCAACUGAGAUAGGAUUCCAGAGAAGGAAUUGACCUCAGAGCCUGUGCAGUUGACUGAACCAUGUCUAUAACAGCUGAAGAUGUCCUGCAACUGUCCCGAUCGGCUGUGGAGGCUGUACAAGCUGCUGUGAUAUUCACACAGUCUACAAGGAACCUGGCCUCCACACUCGGGGUGUUGGGCCCCGUCAUUGGGGUGGCCUCAGUGACUGUUAAACUAUCUUUGAGUAACGUGGACAGCCCAGAGCUGGCCUUCAUGAAGGAGCAGUUCCAGAUCGUUAGGAACCGGCUGGACGUCCUCUCCGGGCAGAUUUCAGAAGUCCUUCGGGAAAUUGAGCGAAGCACCAUCAACAGCCAGUAUUUCCCCAUUGAAGAAAAUCUCAAGAACCAGUUCAGGAAGUACAUGGGCAUUCUCAACGCAGAGCCAGCAUUUCGACACAAGGAAAAGGAAGAGUUCCUCAAACACUUUGAUGCGACCAAAGGAGACCAGAACCUCCACACUCUCUAUGACGGGGUAAUGGGUAACACUGCCAUCUUUGCAAAGCCCAUCCUGGACACCGCCAUGGACUGUAACCAGAGGAACCGGCGCCUGAUGGAGAGUCUCUGCGCCCGACUGAAAUAUCUGUUCUGUAUCGGCCUGAUUGCCCUACUGGGACACGCUGGCAUCACCGGAAAUGAUGUCACGGCUCUGGUGUCAGAAUGGAACCAGAAACAGGCUGAAAUAGAGGCCAAAAUGAAAUCCAUGAUAGAUCGGUGCAUCAGUGAGUUUGUGGAGCAGGCGAAGAUAGAUGUAAAGAGGAUGGUGGAGGAGAAGGGAGCGAGAAGUAACAAGGAGACCUCACGUUACAUACUGGAAGCUUUGGCCAACAAGUAUGACUGGGUCACUUGGUCAGUGCGGGUCUAUGAUGGUAUAAGUGGGUUCAGCAAUCACUGUGUUAGUGGCCGUAAGUACUUUCACUAUUUCAGGCUGAAUAAUGUUAAUAUUGUUGUCUCCUACAGUACCAGCCCACAGCCAGUUGAUGUGCCCCGCAUCAGACAGUUAAUGAACGAGAGAUUGGACUGGCAAUAUGCAUUCACCAGCACUUUAACUUUUGGCUUGAAUAAAGCAAGACAAAUUGCCGAUUAUUUCAAGGACAGCAUGGAUGGAUGUGUAGUCCAUGUGGUGACAUGUGGUAGUAACUUGUAUUAUAACUGCACCUUCCCUGAUGAAUGCCAUUUCUGGAUGGGCGACUGCUACGGUGUCACCCUGUGCAUCCAUCGGGAAUAAACCCCACCCUCUGCUACCAUGAAACCCAGACCGUACCACACCCAAAUGACCCCCAACCCUCUCCUCAUCCACCCCCUACUCUGCUACUGCAGUCAGAAUGCUUAACCCUAUUUGCCUCUGUUAGCCUGUAAGGAUAGAGUUAAAUUGCCUGCUCUCCUGGGUGUGUGUACCACAACCUGGUGUGGUUGUGAGAGUAAACAGAAUUAGUUUGGGACAUAGGGACAGAGUUCCAGUCCACAGUAUUGAGAGCAGAUAAUGAUGGGAAGCAUGCUGAUCUGGGGAAGGAAAACACAUUGCAGGUAACCUGGCAACCUACUGGGGUAAGAUGUGGGUCAGGGUUCAGGGUGUAAGUAGGGGCUAUCUUUUGUGCAAAAUUGUCGCUGUGGAAGGAACUUGUAAACUAAACAUAGGGACGCACUGAGAGAGGGAGAGACCAGUGGACACAGCGCUUGGUUUACUCCACAACCACUUAGAUCAGUCCGUUCAGUGAUUGGUAACUUUCCAUUCUGUCGUUUUUCAAGCACUCAUACUAUUCCAAUAAAGUCAUGCCUUGAUAAC